UGAGUAUAAAUAAUUGGUUUGGGUUGAUUCAUAGAAUUUCUAUUUGAAAUUUAAUUGGAAAAAAACUAAAAAAGUGUAAAUAUUAAAUAGAAACCCCUUUUGUUUACCAAGUAACCCAAAUACUUGUGUCUAUUGAGCCCAUUUCAAAUCAUAGCUAGCCAAGAGCUACCUUACCAAACUUUCCCUUUCCGAGGCUUAGGUCACCGACUCACCGGACAGCACCGCACCGUUGUCGGAUGGAUUGCAAGUACCUAAUCUGAUCGUCGCCUAUUGAAUUUCGAUCCGAAGCAAUUCAUUUCAGAUAAUUGGUUCGUCCCCUUCGAGUUUCAGAAAAACUAUAUAUAUUGGUGGACACGACACGACACGACACAACACAAUGCAAUGGGAAGCUCCAAAGUUCAAAGGCUUUCCGGGAUGCAAAAGCAAGUACUUAGCCUAUACAGAGGGUUUCUGCGUGCAGCACGUUCCAAAUCGGAGGAAGAACGGUGCAAGAUAGAGUCAAUUAUAUCGCAAGAGUUUCGGCGUAAUGCGGAGGAUGUAGAUCGCAAAAAUUUUCUCUACAUUGAGUACUUACUUCGCCGUGGCAACAAACAACUUGAUCAGCUUAAAAACCCUGGUACUACAGGGUUAUCUUCGUUGCAACUUCAUUACUCUCACCCUUCAAGUAAGGGUUAAAAUGCUUGUCAUUAAUUAUUACUACAGUUCUGUUUCGUGAGAUAUUCGCAAUUUAUUAAGUCCAAUAACAAAAUCAGUUGCUUACUGUGGACUUACGUUUGAUUUUGUAUUCCCAAGGAUAAUCACAUGAAUUUCACUUUCGGUUUGUAAUUUUGAAAUCUUAAAAAACUGGACCCAAUUUUAGAUUUGAA